AUGUCGGGAAGCGCCGAAUCAAAACACCCGGCCUCUACCCCGUACCAUGAGCCCAGCAUCUCCGUCAUCCUCAUCCAGUCGUCGUUCCUACUACUCCUCAAUGUCGUCAACGCCCUUCUUGACCGGGCCGUCUACUGCGGCCUCUUGGGCCAGGUCUUCGUUGGCGUCGCCUGGGGCACGCCGGGCGCGAAUUGGAUCGGCAUCCGUGCCGAGGAGGUCAUUGUGCAACUAGGAUAUCUCGGGCUUUUGCUGCUCGUUUAUGAAGGCGGCCUCUCGACAUCGUUGCCCUCCCUUAAGGCCAACCUCUUCCUAUCCUCCUGGGUGGCGAUGACGGGGAUAGUAUUUCCCAUAGGCCUCUCAUUUGUUCUGCGAUACAGCUUCGAGGCCACGCCGCUGCAGUGCUUCGCUGCCGGCGCGGCCUUGUCCUCGACAAGCCUAGGGACUACAUUCACAGUGCUCAGCACCAGCGGCUUAGCACGGUCUAGGCUCGGCGUGGUUCUCACGAGUGCCGCUAUGAUGGACGACGUCAUCGGACUGGUCAUGGUUCAGAUUAUAUCCAACCUUGGACAGAACAGCAGCUCCUUCGACUCCAAAGUAGUGCGACGAGGUGGCUCAAUCAGCGUCGACAACAGAGCCCGGAACGGUACUUGA